UAAUGGACGUUGCUCCACAUUACAUGUCAAACUUGAGAUGCUUAUGCGGUAAAACUUUUUGCAUUUUAGUGGGUAAACGGUAAUUUUGAUAAUAUAUAAAAAUAUAGGAAUAAUGAUAAGUGAUAAAACGUUGCUUGAUAUCGAUGAUACGAUGUUGAGGAAAAAUUUAUUGUUAUCUGAAAAUAAACAUGAAUAUGAUAUAGAUGAAAUAUUAAAACAACAGUUUGAAACGAAACCUAAAUGCAUUAUUAUUCAUCCUUUACCUGGCGUUUGUGUAAAAACAAAAACGGAUACAGGUGAAAAAGUGUUUUUAAAUAUAUGCACGACGACUAAAAUACCCGAACCAGAGGAUAUAUCGGAAGAGAAAUUAAUUUCUCUUUUGGACGAGGAAACACCUGCUUAUUCUAUACCGAUGAGUAUUGGCGAAGAGAGAUUAGAACCCGAUAAAGGUGGUACCUUGUGCGUGACUCAUGACGUUGCGAUAAAUAAGAAUUAUUUUGAAAAAUGUCAAACUAAACGUUCCUUCUGGUUAUUUACGAUAUCCGUUAUAAUCGAAGGUGUAUCGCAUAAAUUUGGUAGAUCUCUGGAUUCCAAAACUUGCAUUAUUCUGAAAAACCGAAAAGUCAUGGGUACAAUUCAGUCGCAACGUAUUGAUGAUCGUGAAGCGCGUAAAGUAUUACCAACGCCUAAAAAACCAUUAAUUCAGGAAAUAUCAAGUUCUUCAAAGAGCGACUGUAAUCGGUCAGCCACCCUGGUACCGCUGCAAAAUAAUCGUGAAGAAUUUACGACUUACGAUUACGUAAUAUUGAAAGAACCUUUGAAAGGAAUUGCAAGGCGUUUAAUUGGUUUAUUUUAUAUACCCAAAGGGGUAUCUAGUAAAGAUUUAAAUGUGCUUGUCGACGCUGAUCAUAUAAUUAUUACAACGAAUGAGAACAAUUUCGCAUACGAUGUUUAUAUGCCGUACACUAUAAAGUUGGACGAAACCGAAAGUUUCUUCGAUAAAGAUUACAGAGUUUUGCGAUUAAAUAUGCCGAUUGAAAAUAAAUAAUGGUUAAAGUUAAAGUAACGAGCAAUGUAUGGAGAAGAGGAAACACACACGCACCAAAAUAAUAUACGUGCGUUUGCAGAGCCCUACUCGUACUCAUUAACGUAUUCAUUAAUUUUUAUAUUUAUUUUAUUCAAAUACAUCUAUUACGAAGCGA